CAUUUAACUCAGACAGUAUCAACAGAGUGAGACAAAGAUCCUGUCUGUGGCGUUUAUUUGGCAAGAUGAUCACUCACAUGUCGCUGUGCAAAUUUUUUUCUUUGGUCCUAGUGGGUGUCGUAGUGUUGGCAGUGAGUGAGCUCACCCGAGACCCUCUGAAUGAAUGUCUCCAAGACACAGAUUACAGUCAGCUUCUAGAUAUGGUGGACAAAGGUCUUCCCGCCACAAACACCCCUCAACAUGUAGCAAUUGUUGGCGGGGGCAUCGCCGGUCUAACCGCAGCCAAGCUUUUGGAAGACGCCGGACACAAGGUGACCAUCAUAGAAGCCAGCCACCAAAUCGGAGGACGCGUGGAGACUUUCAGGAACACAAAAGAAGGCUGGUAUGCAGAGAUGGGCGCCAUGCGGAUCCCCAGCUUUCACAAGAUUCUGCUGUCCUUUAUCUCCAAAUUACAAAUUCCCCUGAACCCUUUUAUCCAAGAAGACCUGAACACAUACAUUUUGGUGAAUGAAAUACUGCACAAAACCCAAGAGGCGCAAAAGAACCCCGAUGUGCUGAACUACACGUUGCAUGAAAAAGAGAGGGGGAAGACAGCGGCCCAGCUCUUCACUGACACUCUGUGGAAGGUGAGGAAUGACCUUCAGGAAAUUGGCUGCACUGCCAUGUUCAACAAAUAUGAUUCCUACACGGUCAUAGAAUACUUGGUAAAUGAGGGCAAUCUCAGUAGAGGUGCCUUACGAAUGAUUGGAGACAUCCUGAAUGAAGGCGGUCUGUUCUAUACGUCCCUUAUUGAGAUGUUGUACAUACAGAUGGACAUCAAUGACAACAUCGAGUACUAUGAAGUGACAGGUGGCUUUGACCAACUCACCAGUGCGUUCUACAAGAUGUUAAAUGCCACCACUCUUCUCAACUCCAAAGUCAAAAUCAUCAACCAAACAGGAGGCAGCAAUGUGACAGUCACAUUCCAGGACCGGCGUAAUCCGGGAUCGCUGGCCAGCCUGACGGUGGACUCCGUCCUGGUCACAGCCACAGCCAAGGCUACCCUCUUCAUUGAAUUCCACCCUCCCCUCUCCAGUGACAAGAUGGAAGCCUUACGGUCGGUUCACUACACCAGCGCCACCAAAGUCAUACUCAGCUUCAGUAUGCGCUUUUGGGAGAAAGAAGGCAUCAUGGGAGGCAAGACCAUCACAGACAGGCCCUCUCGCUUCAUUUAUUACCCCAGCCACAGUUUCCCCGGAACAGAUGCAGGUGCCCUGCUGGCAUCUUACACCUGCUCUGAUGACUCCACCCACUUCCAAGGUAUGAGCGACGAGGAGCUGAUGGCUGUCAUGCUGAAGGACUUGGUGAAGAUCCACGGAGAGGACAUCAGGCCGCUGUUCACAGGAGGACUGGUGAAACACUGGGGAUUAGAUCCCUACAGCCUCGGAGCGUUUACCAUGUUCACGCCUUACCAGGGCCACUUUGCCAAACAACUCUUUGAGAGUGAGGGACGUGUGCACUUUGCAGGAGAACACACAGGCUUACCUCAUGGUUGGAUAGAAACGUCCAUGAAAUCUGCUCUCAGAGCCGCAAAAAAUAUCAAUAACCUCACCAUUUAUUCUUAAAAAUAACCCAAUUUUAACAAGUUUCUCAAUUUACAGUAUGGAUUAAGUUCAUUAUAUAAUGUAUUUGCUUUUUAUUUAUUGAUAUAGUACAUUUUGUAGCUAUAGGAUAGGAUUUAAAGUGGUGAUUAUCCCACAAAAUUGGCAAAAAUAUUACUCUGCAUGUCGCUCGUGUCCAAAAUCGCACCCCACAGCUCAUUAUUAUAACAUACACCCUUGUUUCUGCAGUUUAUUGAUCCAUUUGAAUGCCUAAGACAACGAAGAUCCCCGCCAACCAUGGCAAUUUGGGACAAGACCCGAUUGGACUUCUAGCUGUUGGGACAACUUUCACAAGCAUGUCGUUAUUUUGGAAGAAUGACGUGGGAAUGUUCGCAUGGCAAGGACAUUGUGAUUGAGUUGGACUGAGCUGCUUCGCCCGCGCGCUGAAAGCUUCCCUGUCUUAUAUGCCUGCCUUGUUCCACAUAACUACUGUCGUGGAAGCGAUUAAACAAGGACAAUUUGCCAUACACAAUUAUUUAAGCGUCAAAGCCGAUGGAGUUCUUGAACUACAUUUCACACCAUUGUAGUCAUAAUCAACACCUGCUACAUUUUAAUAAAGAACAUCCAUUUUCAGUUCCUGACAAAUGUUAAAUAACGUACAGAAAAGUAACUACUUCGCUAGCAGUCCACAUGUCGCUUGUACUGUACAUCGCCACGUUUGUUAUGAUACACCAAUUGUGAAUGAUACACCAAUGAUACAAUUGCGUUAAGUCUGUGGCUGCAGCGCCCCCUUACUUUUGCAAUGCGCAUGACAGCCACAAAUGGCUUGUCAACAGUGCAGUUACGUCUCCACGCCCAAGUAGGUGCCAAGGCGAUGAAUGCAGAUGACUAUGCGGGUUGCUUAGGCUAUAGUUAUCUGAAUUACUGUUAAUGUUACGUUAACAUACCACCCUUUCACGUUACAUUAACAGACGCCGAUUUAGCCUGUUUUCUCUAUUUUAUUGUUAUUACUAUAACUUGCCUUUUAAGAUGAAAUGUCUCUUCUUGGUCUCUGAUUUUAGAAAAUAAAUCCCCCCCCCAAAAAUGCAAUUUAUAGUCCAGUGCGAUUUACAGGGAUUUUUUUCUUCUUCAUUGGGCAUUUUUGCCUGGUGCGACUUUAUUCUCCAGAACGACUCAU